AUCACAUUAUUCAGUGCUCAAUUUAAGUGGUCCCCAUUAAAGUCCAGAGCCUAGGGAAAUCACCCUGAUUCUCUGUUCCCUAGCAACAGCCCUGAGACUAACAACAGCUGCUUAGCCAUAUGUCACUAGAAAGGUGUUUUAGUGGAAAUAUACAGAAAUUUAUAUUAAAUACCUAAAAGCUUAAAAUUCAAACACAGUAGUUACCGUGUUUGAUUAUUUGCCUUUAGUUGUGCAAAGACAAAAGAGAAGAAUAAAUGUUAUGGUUUAAAAUGACAGCGUGUAUGCUUGAUGAGCUUGGCAAUCAAUGCAAUUUCUAGCCAUUUUCUUGCUAAGUUAAAUAUGAAUAACCAUGAUGAAAAUAAAAUACCUUUAUUUUUGACUGGGAGUCUUAAGCUGUUAAAGUUUGUGUCAAAAUUAAGUGUUACUUAUGUUGUAAUAUGACAUGGCACAUUCAAACAUUAAGCAAACGUAAAACUCCUUAUAAAUUUUGUUGAUAACCUGUAUUUUUAAGAAUUUAAUUUUUGUAGUUUAGCCACACAUUUAGGAACUGAUACCAUUCUUGUGAUAUUAUGUGUCAUGGUGGGGGAGGUAUCUUUUGAGGGUUUUUUGCUAAAAGAAAUUUCCCCACGUUUUUAAAUUAUUAAAAUAUUGAUUACAUUCCUUUUUUUUCUGCCCCUAUCCUUCUAUAGCUUAAGCUUUUGGAAUUCCAAGCAGUUCUCUGUAAAGGAGGAGUUAAAAAUUACAAUGGACUGUUUUUUCUGUUUUGAUCAACAAGUGACCCAUUAUAGUGGCCAUUAUCCAAACAAUAUACAAUAACUCAGUAAAUAUACAAGUGGAUCAUACCUUUUUUUCAUUCUUAAAAAAACUCUUUGACAUUCUUUUAAGUUUUACUCAAAAACUUAUUCCUAAUAAUUUUCAAAAUUUCUGGUCACCCAUUUGUUUGUUUUUGUGAGUCCAGCUAAUUAAAACCAUGUUUUAAGUUCAGGUCAUGCUUAUGGUCAUGAAAAUUAUUUGACGUAUCCGUCUACAUAUAGAUAUAUAAAUAGAUAGAUAAAUGAUUUUUAUGUGGAAAUCACUAUUUUUCCAAAUUUUUGAAAUACAUCAGUAGUCAGCUUGGGUUUAUAAAAUAAGAAUUUUUUAUUUGGAGAAGAGAUCAUGAUAGUAAUUAUUUGUAUUAGUUAAAAACUUCUUCUGAUUUAGUUUUUCUCAAUGAAUUUGCCCAGAAAAGGCUGCAUAUUUUAAGGCCAACACCAAAUAGCCAGUCAUUUUCUAAGUAUUUUUAUACUUGAAGUCCAAUAUAUGUAAUAGAUAAAAGUAUAGCUGUUCUAGUUGAAGGUUACUGUAACAGAUAAAGGUAUAUAGCUGCUGUGGUUGAAGGUCAAGUAGAGCUAGGGGAGACUGGAUACACCCUCUCUGGUACCUCUGAGAAAUCCAUAGGGCUGUGUGGAGAAGAACUGGAAAAUUAGUCAACAGUAUGCUUUUUAAUUUAAAGCAACAACAAAACCAAACAGUCAGUUAUUACUGUGGAGUUCUAGGUGUCUAAUUUAUAAAGUUUCUGAAUUAGACUUCAGGGCCCAUGUUACAUUUUAUUACAGUCUACAACCUAAGUGUAGACUGGCAAGAAAGAAACGAAAAGCCUGUUUCACAGCUGUUAUGCAUCUGGGAGUUUGGUUAAAAGGGUCUUGCUUAGCUUAGCAUGGGUUGUGAUAAAAAGCAGGGUCUAGAGACCUUUUAACUUAAGUCCAGUGCGCUGAUCAGAGCUAUAUUUAAUACUGGCCCCUAAGUCCACGUGAUUAUAAUUUGUAAGAGUCUUUAGGACAUCACACUUUUAAAUCUUACCAUGUGAAAAAUGAUUAUGUCACCUGUGGACUUUAAAAGUAGCUAGCCAGCUGGGAUAAAGAAGAUGAUCAAACCAAAUAUUUCUGAAAUUUUCUGUCUCCGUUUUGCACUUAUAAUGUUUCAGCUAUUCGUUGUAACAUGCUACUACUAUUAAUAUGCUUUAAUGGGGAAUUUUAAUUCUGGUAAAUGAAUGCUUUAUGUCAGAUUUGUUACACGACUGAGAAAGAUGGGUUACUUUUCCAGUGUAAGCCCUUAUUCCACUCUGGCUUUCUCCCAGCCUUGCAGAUGGGUCAGGGGCUGUGGAGAGUGGCCGGAAACCAGCUACAACAGGAAGGCUACAGUGAGCACGGCUACCUCACCAGAGAACAGAGCAGGAGAAUGGCUGCCAGCAACAUUUCUAAUGCCAAUCCUCGAAAGCAAGUCCAAGGAGGUAUUGACAUAUAUCAUCUUCUGAAGACAAGAAAGUCUAAAGAACGGGAAGGAUUCAUUAAUCUGGAAAUGUUGCCUCCCGAGCUAAGCUUUACCAUCUUGUCCUACCUGAAUGCCACUGACCUUUGCUUGGCUUCGUGUGUUUGGCAGGACCUCGCUAAUGAUGAACUUCUCUGGCAAGGGUUGUGCAAAUCCACUUGGGGUCACUGUUCCAUAUACAAUAAGAACCCACCUCUAGGAUUUUCUUUUAGAAAACUGUAUAUGCAGCUGGAUGAAGGCAGUCUCACCUUUAAUGCCAACCCAGAUGAGGGAGUGAACUACUUUAUGUCCAAGGGUAUCCUAGAUGAUUCACCAAAAGAAAUAGCAAAGUUUAUCUUCUGUACAAGAACAUUAAAUUGGAAAAAACUGAGAAUCUACCUUGAUGAAAGGAGAGAUGUCUUGGAUGACCUUGUGACACUGCAUAAUUUUAGAAACCAGUUCUUGCCAAAUGCACUGAGAGAAUUUUUUCGUCAUAUCCAUGCCCCUGAAGAGCGUGGGGAGUAUCUUGAAACUCUUAUAACGAAGUUCUCACAUAGGUUCUGUGCUUGUAACCCUGAUUUAAUGCGAGAACUUGGCCUUAGUCCUGAUGCAGUCUAUGUACUCUGCUACUCUUUGAUUCUCCUUUCCAUUGACCUCACUAGCCCUCAUGUGAAGAAUAAAAUGUCAAAAAGAGAAUUUAUUCGAAACACCCGCCGUGCUGCUCAGAACAUUAGUGAAGAUUUUGUAGGGCACCUUUAUGACAACAUCUACCUGAUUGGCCACGUGGCUGCAUAAAAGCACAGUUGCUAGGACUUCAGCUUUUACCUUCAAACGAAAACUGCCUGAGAACUUAUUUAGCAGAUAUGGGAGUUACAUUAGUUCUGGUCAUUCUAGCCUCUGUAUACAAUCAAGCUUGAGUGUACAACCUUUUUUGUCCUUUGACUAAUUUCUUUUUUAGUAAUUUCCUUGGGGAACUAAAGAAUUUUACAGAAUUGUUCUUGAUUUUGCUCAUCAUGUUUUGCAAAAAGCAGAGCCAUUGUCUGACACAGCUAUUUAAGAAUGUAAAACUGACACUGUACUCUAAAAGAUGGUGUAUUUGUGCAUUACAUUUGCCUGAAAAAUUAUACCCAGUUCAUUCUUUUUUAAAAUACCAAGUAAUGUGUACAUAUUUAACUAAAGAGAUUUAUAAUCAUAAUUAUUUUAUUGUAAAGAUUUUAACUAAAGUUUUUCCUUUUCUCUC